AUGGAUAAUGUUGUCAGCUCAUUCGGGAGGGGCAUCUCCCGCGCUGCCCGCGGCGUCCGCAAAAAGGUUCAGGGUUCCCAAGAUGAUCAGCAACCAUCUCAGUCAUCCGCGGCUUCAUCGGCCCCAUCCUUAACCGCUUCGUCCACCAGCGCCGAGGACACUCCCGUACCCGCUCACGCUCCCGCACCGACCACUGAGUCCGAUCUUGAAGCUCAACUUCCGGCUCACACGGCCUCGCAAUCUCACUAUGCGGCCCUUCCGCUCACAUCACCACUGCCGCCGCCCUUCACACCGACUGUAAACACACCAGAGACGGAGCCGACCUCGCCGCUGCCCCCUCACUCAGCUCAUGGACAUCACACUCAUACGCUUCCGACCUUGACACUGGGCCCAUCAGCCCAACCCCCCACUCAGGAUGACGCAACCCUCCAGGCUCUCACCGGCGGUUACCCCGCCGAGUCUUCAUCAAAUGCGCAGACCUUAACGAAUAACAUCACCACUCAAACCCUCACCGUCCCUGGGCCUCAGUCUCAGCCUGUGUCGCCGUUGUCACCCCCGCCCGCCAUAGUCCACUCACCCAGCGCACCUCUGGCUUCCCCCUCAUUUACUCCGUCGGCCAUAUCAUUCGCGCCUCAGGUCCACCCCAACUCACCGGCGCCCCAACCUCUCAACCUCUCAGCCGCAGCCUCACCAGCUCAGUAUCUGCCCUCACCCCUCGAGUCACCGCUGCCCCUCGAACUCGAGCAGCAAUUGUCCUGCAAAGAUGGCGGCUCAAUACGACCUACCAGCGCACGAAGCGCCCGACCUCGCACAUCCCGCUCACGCCGGGACUCAGUCAUUGAAAAGGUGGCCUCGCUCGACCCCCGGGGCUCACGCCGGCGCUCUCGUAUACUAGGCCCUAAGACAGGGAAUAGUCUCAUGGAUCUCCCGCCCGAGCUGCAUCUCAUGAUCAUCGACUACCUCGAGUUCGGCGAGCUCGAGAACCUACGCCGCACGUGUCGCUUCUACCGUAACUUUCUCACAAAGGAGACCAUUCGCGACCUUUUUGGCGAGCAGUUCCGCCUCGCUUUACUGGCGCAUUGCUACAUCUGCCUAAAGUACGAUCCCACGCGCGGCAGCUUGCUCUGGGCGGACUAUAACCAUCCGCGGUAUCCUCUCGCCAGUAAAUGUGUCGACUGCGCCUACCAGAAGAAUGAGUUGGCAGUAGGCAAGAAGGUGGCGCUGGGUAAUUACGCGAGUGUAUGGAUCUGUCGCUGGUGCGGGUAUCCCGUCGCCACUGCUUCGGCGCCCAACCAGCCCGAGUUUCACAAAGGCUGCUAUAAUCAUUACAACAAUGUCCUGCUGGUGUAUUUUGUCUUGGGCUGGAUUCAGUUGAGUCUCGGUAUCGUCGCUGGUGCGCUUUGCUGGAGGUAUUUUAGAGACGAGAUUCUCGUCCUAGUGCCAUCUAUUGUUGCUUUCGUCCUACUGUGGUGGUGUUUGGCUCUCCUCGUUGUCAGAGGCGAACACAAGCGCACAUAUCACUUUUCGCUGAUCCUCGAGACAGCGAUACUCGGUCUUUGGUGUCUACCAAUUUACGUCCUCGUCAAGGAUGUGGAAGACGGCAUAGCUGGAUUGUUUGACCGACGCGUUACAGUAACUCUGGUCUUCAUCGUCUUGAACAUGUUCUUCCGCCUACUCAACGUUCUAGGCAACAUUGUUCUCACGCUCGAAUGGCGACACUUUGCGCGCAAGAAGCCCCGACUCACUCCCGCAGCCCGAUUCUUCAACAUGAUUCUCGCCGGGCUCGUGUACUGGACAUAUCCUCAAGCCGUGGAACAGGAGUACCCGCCGCAAUAUCACUUCAUUAACACCGGCCGACGACGAGUCAAGAGAAUCCUCGCUGAGAGAAACGCACAGCGGCAACGACAACAGCAGCAGCAAAUUAUGACAAUGAUGUAUUAA